UUGAUAUUCAGUUUUAAAUCGUCGCUGGCUCUGGCAACAACACGCGGAAACGUUUCUGGCAUCGGGCUACAAAGAACUCGCAGUGAAUAGGCGGCUUAUGCAAAAUCAAAUCGAUUCGAAUCGGAUCGACGAUCGACAUCGAUUAGCGGCAGGUGCAAAUUCAAAGUAAUAAGAACGUGUUAACUGUUUGCAGCAACAAAAGCUAUAAUACCUGCAACAAUAACUAGCGCCAGGCAGCUGCAUAUUUAAGAACAGCCAACGACAACAGCAGCGCAUAAAAUAUGGACGCCGAAGCCGAUGGAGUGCCUCCGACGGCGCCAGCUGCAGCUGCAACCACGGCGAACAGCGAUCUCGAUUUAGCCGCCCGCCGUCGCCUCUUCAUCUCACAGCCCUCGACGCUGGCGACACGCCGCCAGCAGGCCGUCUGCGUGAGGCGCGCCCAUAAGAUGUAUGGCGGUGGCAAGAAUCCAAAUAUUGUGCUGGAUGGCCUGAAUAUGACAGUGCCCAAGGGCUCCAUCUAUGGUCUCCUGGGCGCCUCUGGCUGCGGCAAGACGACGCUGCUCAGCUGCAUCGUUGGACGACGGCGUCUCAAUUCGGGCGAAAUUUGGGUGCUGGGCGGACGGCCGGGCUCGCCUGGAUCCGGUGUGCCCGGUCCGCGAAUUGGCUACAUGCCACAGGACCUGGCUCUUUAUGGGGAGUUCACAAUGCGCGAGACUUUAAUCUACUUUGGACUUAUUUCGGCCAUGCCCCGCAGCGACAUCGAGGAUCGCACCGAAUUUCUGCUCAAGUUGCUCAAUUUGCCAAAUGCCUCGAAAUUUGUCAAGAACUUGAGCGGUGGACAGCAGCGUCGCGUGAGUCUGGCCGUCGCUCUGCUCCAUGAACCGGAACUGCUCAUAUUGGAUGAGCCGACAGUGGGCGUGGAUCCGGUGCUGCGACAGAGCAUUUGGGAUCAUUUGGUGGACAUCACGAAAAAUGGCCACACCACUGUGAUAAUCACGACGCAUUACAUCGACGAGUGUGCCCAGGCUCACGUGAUUGGUUUGCUGCGCGGCGGCAAAAUGCUUGCCGAGGAGUCGCCCGACUACCUGCGCCAACAGUACAACGCCGACUCGCUGGAGGAUGUGUUCCUCAAGCUCUCCGUCAUGCAGAACAUGGGCAAGCGCCGGCGCUCAUCCAUCGCACAGGAGAUUGUGGAGCAGGUGACGGUGCCGGCCAUUUCGAAUCCGGCGCUGGACAUGUCCGAUGAGCAGCAUGCCGCGGAGAUCUCAGGCGAGUUCGGCGAUAAUAUAUCCAUGACAUCGGCCGCCCGUGAUCCCAUCAGCAGCACAGCGCCCGCUGCACCGCCGCUGCCGCCAGUGGAGGAGAUGAAAACGUCGUUCUGGUACAAUUUGCAUGUGAUGCAGUCGCAUCAUCUGCACGCGCUCAUCUGGAAAAACUUUUUAUGGAUGAUGCGCAACGUAGGAAUAAUGCUGUUCAUCGUGGGUCUGCCGGUGGUGCAGAUAUUGCUGUUCUGCUAUGCGAUUGGCCAUGAUCCCACCGGCCUCAGAGUGGCCGUGGCGAAUCACGAGAUGACCGAGGAAAUGAUUAUGCAACAAUUCUGUCCAGUGCACACCGGAUGCAAUCGGACCAUGCUCAGCUGCCGUUAUCUCGAUAUGCUGGUCAAGAACAAGAGCAUGGUUGUGAAAUACGUCAGCGACGAUGAGGCCGCCUACGAAGAGGUGCGUCGCGGCCACGCCUGGGCCGCCCUCGUCAUGCAGCCCAACUACACGGAUUCUCUGGUCCAACGUGUCGAGGAUGGACGCUAUGCUGACGAGGCCACGGUGGAUGCCUCCGACUUGGGCGUGCGCAUGGAUUGGUCCAAUCAGCAAAUAUCAACACUCCUCUAUCGCGACCUGCAGUACACGUUCUUCAACUUUUUGGAGGACAUGCUGAGUGAGUGCGAUGUGAAUCCGAAGCUGGGAACUGUGCCCGUGCACUGGGCGCAGCCCAUCUACGGCGAUCGGAAUCCAAACUUCACGGACUUUGCGGCCCCGGGCGUCAUACUGACCAUCAUAUUCUUUCUGUCGGUGGCCAUCACAUCGGGCGCGAUGCUAAUUGAGCGCAACGAGGGCAUGCUGGAGCGCUGCCUGGUGGCUGGCAUAACGGGACCAGAGAUUUUGCUGUCGCAGGUUGUCACGCAGUUCACGGUGAUGCUCAGUCAGACUGUGUUCGUGCUGAUUGUCAGCUUCUACUUCUUUGAGCUGACGCUGGUGGGCGACAUCUGGCUGGUGGUGGCGCUGUGCAUACUCAACGGCCUCUGCGGCAUGAGCUUUGGCUUUGUCAUCGCCUGCGCCGUGGACACGGAGCGCACGGCCACAUACGUGGCGAUGGGCUCGUUCCUGCCCAUUGUGAUGCUGUGCGGCAUUAUUUGGCCCAUCGAGGGCAUGUAUCCGCUGCUUCAGUUUGUGACCGCCUUCCUGCCGCUGACAAAGCCCACGGAGUCGAUGCGCUCGAUACUGCAACGCGGCUGGGGCAUGGACAAUCCCGCUGUCUACAAUGGCUUCAUUUCCAUCUCGUCCUGGGUGCUCGUCUUCCUGGUGCUCACCAUUCUGCUGCUCAAGUUCAAGAAGGGCUAGAGCCACCGCGGCGGCGCCCCGUGCGAUUGCCCAUGAUUUUACUAGGUCGUAAGGGUAGCUCUUAGUCGUCCAUUAGUCUAGCGAGUGUAUGUCUCUUGUACAAUGUGUUAGUCACGCUAAUUAUUCGACAUAAACAUAGACUUAAAUUAAGGUUCCGGAUGUCACAUAUUCAUGGAAAGUUGUGCCUUUUACUCUUAAGGUUCCAUACCAGCUUCACUCAUCCUCUUACGCCCAAUCAAUCAACUACUUAUGCCCAUGCUCAUACAUACUACACACACUGGUCUAUAU